GUCGUCUACUAGUUUCUCUAGCGUACUUCGCUUCGUUUGUCCCCAUAGGGUUGCAGCAGAUAAACGCCACUCUCCUUCUCUCUCCUUCUCUCUCGCGGCAGCCCUCGACCCCAACACAGCAAUCAGCAUCCCCCCAUCCCCCCAUCCCCCUCCUCGUUCUCCCGCGUUUCUCUCCUUUUCUCUCUGCAGCAAUGGGCGCUUCGCUCCCUCCCAAAGAGGCUAAUCUCUUCAAGCUAAUAGUCAAAUCGUAUGAAACUAAGCAGUAUAAAAAGGGAUUGAAGGCUGCAGAUGCUAUAUUGAAAAAGUUUCCGGAUCAUGGAGAAACAUUGGCAAUGAAAGGAUUGACUUUAAAUUGCAUGGAUCGCAAAUCAGAAGCAUAUGAUCUUGUCCGAUCAGGACUAAAGAAUGACCUUAAAAGUCAUGUUUGCUGGCACGUUUACGGUCUUCUAUAUCGAUCAGAUAGAGAAUACAGGGAGGCAAUCAAAUGUUAUCGAAAUGCCCUGAAGAUUGAUCCAGACAACAUAGAAAUUUUACGGGACUUGUCACUCUUACAGGCUCAAAUGCGGGACUUAUCAGGGUUUGUUGAGACAAGACAGCAACUCUUGACUUUGAAACCAAAUCAUCGGAUGAACUGGAUAGGCUUUGCUGUUGCACAUCAUUUAAACUCAAAUGGCUCGAAAGCAGUUGAAAUCCUGGAAGCUUAUGAAGGGACACUUGAAGAUGAUUAUCCUCCCGACAAUGAGCGCUGUGAGCACGGGGAAAUGCUCUUAUAUAAGAUUUCUUUAUUAGAGGAAUGCGGCUUUCUUGAAAGAGCUCUAGAGGAGUUGCACAAGAAAGAACCAAAAAUUGUUGAUAAAUUAUCUUACAAAGAGCAAGAAGUUUCCCUUUUAGUAAAGCUUGGUCACCUAGAAGAAGGUCAUAAGUUAUACAGAGCAUUGCUUUCCAUGAAUCCGGACAAUUACAGAUAUUAUGAAGGUCUGCAACAAUGUGUUGGAUUAUUUUCAGAAAACGGUCAGUAUUCCCCUGAUGAUACUGAUAAGUUAGAUGCUUUGUACAAAUCACUACGGCAGCAGUACAGUUGGUCAUCUGCUGUUAAGAGGAUACCUCUUGAUUUUCUGAAAGGUGCAGAGUUUCGGGAUGCAGCUGAUAAAUAUAUUAGGUCCCUAUUGACUAAGGGGGUUCCUUCAUUGUUCUCGGAUCUUUCUCCAUUGUAUGAUCAUCCUGACAAGGCAGACAUUUUGGAGCAACUGAUUCUUGAGUUGGAGCAAUCAAUUAAGACGACUGGGGGGUACCCUGGGAGGGUGGAAAAGGAGCCUCCUUCAACUCUCAUGUGGACCUUGUUUUUAUUGGCCCAGCAUUUUGAUCGACGGGGCCAAUACUGUACUGCCCUUGCAAAAAUCGAUGAGGCUAUAUCGCAUACUCCUACUGUGAUUGAUUUAUAUACUGUCAAGGGCCGGAUAUUGAAGCAUGCGGGUGACUUGGCAGCUGCUGCUGUGUUAUCAGAUGAAGCUAGAUGUAUGGAUCUUGCAGAUCGCUACAUAAAUAGUGAAUGCGUUAAACGUAUGCUGCAGGCUGAUCAGGUGGCUGUGGCAGAAAAAACUGCUGUAUUGUUCACAAAAGAUGGAGAUCAGCACAACAACCUUCAUGACAUGCAAUGCAUGUGGUAUGAACUUGCUUCUGGUGAAAGUUAUUUCCGUCAAGGUGAUCUUGGACGGGCUUUGAAAAAAUUCUUGGCUGUGGAGAAGCACUAUGCAGAUAUAACUGAAGACCAGUUUGACUUCCACUCUUACUGUUUAAGAAAAAUGACCCUGCGUGCCUAUGUGGAAAUGCUUAAGUUUCAAGAUCGAUUGCAUUCACAUCCAUAUUUUCACAAAGCAGCAGCUGGAGCUAUCAGAUGCUAUUUAAAAUUGUAUGACUCUCCUGCGAAGUCAGCAGCUGAAGAAGAUGAUGAAAUGUCAAUGAUGCUUCCUUCCCAAAAGAAGAAAAUGAGGCAAAAACAGAGGAAAGCUGAAGCCCGAGCUAAGAAAGAGGCAGAAGGGAAAAACGAGGAAUCGAGUGCUGGUGGUAUCUCCAAGUCAGGAAAACGACAUGUUAAACCAGUAGAUCCAGAUCCACAUGGGGAGAAGUUGUUGCAGAUUGAAGAUCCAUUGUUGGAAGCUACAAAAUACUUGAAGCUUCUUCAGAAAAAUUCGUCUGAUUCCUUGGAGACACACUUACUCUCUUUUGAAGUAAAUAUAAGAAAGCAGAGAAUCUUGCUUGCCUUUCAGGCUGUAAAGCACUUACUAAGAUUGGAUGCUGAUAAUCCAGAUACCCAUCGAUGCUUGAUAAGGUUCUUCCAUAAAGUGCACUCCAUGGCUGCUCCUGUGACAGAUACAGAGAAGCUUAUUUGGAGUGUCUUAGAAGCAGAGUGGCCUGCAUUUAGUCAGUUGAAUGGGAAAUCUCUGAAUGAGGCAAACAUUCUUUUCCUCGAAAGACAUAAAGAAUCUUUGGUGCAUAGGGCAGCUGUAGCCGAAAUGCUUUAUGUUCUGGAACCUAAUAAGAAGGCUGAGGCUAUUAAAUUAAUUGAAGAUUCUACCAACAAUCUGGUUUCAAUAAAUGGAGCACUUGGUCAAGUCAAACAAUGGAAACUUAAGGACUGUAUUGCUGUCCACAAACUCCUGGGAACGGUUUUGGUUGACAGUGAUUCUGCAUCGCGAUGGAAGGCUCGCUGUGCUGAAAUCUUCCCUUACUCUACGUACUUUGAAGGCAGUCGCAGCUCAGCAGUUGCCAAUUCAGCCCACAACCAGAUAAGCUGGGGUGCAAACCAUUCAGGAAGUGGUCAGAUGGCAGAUUCACUUGCAUCAAAUGGAAAACUAGAUGCACUUAAGGACCUUACUGUCUGAUAGCGUUUGGGAAAUGCAUAUGCUAGUCUUCAAGGUCACCAUGCCAGAGUAAUGGAUUGUUAGGAACCACGCUGAGGAAUGUGGGGCCAGAAAUAUACUCAAAGGAUCGUUCUAGCUCAUUGAGAGGAUCGUGUCAAGGUUCUGUGCAGGUUGUUGCUGAUCAAGCUUACCGUUGCUUUGAGAUGAAACUUUCCUUUGGCAGCUCCCUUCCGAUUGUGAAAUGCAUUCAUUUGCAAAUGUGUAUAAUUUACUUUUGCUGUGUUUCCAAGGUGGCUAAUUUUUUUCCGUUUAAAUCCAUUUGCUCACUGUCUGGUGAGUUUCUGGACUACGGCUGCUCCAAGGUUUUGCAAUUCCAAGAGUCAUGAGUUAUUCUGAGGGGGAACGCUACAAUUUCAUUUCAUUUUCUUCUCUUUUUUUCCUUUUUUUUUUUUAUCCUUUUUUUUUUAGCUCCCCUACCUCCAGUCUGCAGAGAGCAGCACCCACUAGAGCUUUUCUGUUGAGCAUAUGUUGUACUUCCAUUUUGUUGAUUAGCUUAUGUAUACAUUAUAUACAAUGUGAAAAAUUUUGGCUGGAAUGAAUACAAUACUAUUUAAUAUUGCA